CUCAGCCCUGGUGUUAGUGAGUGGAUAACCAGUCGACAAGCAAGAGUGCCAGGACUCUUCUGUCUCACAGCAGCACUGUUAUUGGCUUGAUCCAAUAGGAGAACAACGGAGACACUUGCAGAUUGCCAGUACUGCACGGCAGACCUGAGCGAGGUGUUCCCAGUCCCCUGGCACGAAGAACGCAAAGAGAGAAAGAGAGAGAGCGGGAGAGAGGAAAAGAGAGAGCAUUCAGUUAAAAGCCGCAGUUGCCCGUCUCAGCUUUGACUUUACAAAGGGAAUUUACAGAUUAAUUUGAGAUGUCACUGUUCAGAAUGAAAAUCCAGCCAAAUCAGAAGAUGGAUUUAAUGUGUUAGACAAAAAUAAAUGACCGUUGACAACUAGAAGAUACGGGGAAGUAUUGUUUGUGUGUAAACCUUGUUAAAUUCUGCAAGAAUUGCUUUUCUUCUUUUAAAACACAAUGUCGGGGCUGUCCAGAGCUGAAGAGUGCACAGUCUAUUGGAAAGUAUCCCAUACUUCAGGCGCAGAAGGUGUGAGACAGAUUAAUAGGACAACCAGCAGCGAUGGGACUAAAACCUGCUCCAGACUUUAUCUUGCCUUCAUAUUAAUACUGCUCACACUGACACCGCAAGUGGACUCGUCCUGGUGGUAUAUUGGGGCUCUGGGAGCUCGUGUGAUCUGUGACAACAUCCCAGGACUGGUGAACAAGCAGCGGCAGUUGUGUCAGAAGCAUCCUGACAUCAUGCAAUCAAUAGGGGAAGGAGCCUUGGAGUGGAUACGGGAAUGCCAGCAGCAAUUCCGGCAUCACAGGUGGAACUGUAGCACCCUGGCCAGGGACCACACUGUAUUUGGCAAAGUAAUGUUGCGUAGUAGCAGAGAGGCUGCUUUUGUCUAUGCCAUAUCGUCUGCUGGGGUUGUGUAUGCUCUCACACGGGCCUGUAGCCAAGGGGACCUGAAUACCUGUGGCUGUGACCCACGCAAGAGGGGCAAGGCCCGGGACCUGAGAGGGGAAUUUGACUGGGGAGGCUGCAGUGACAACAUCAACUACGGAAUCAAGUUCUCCAAGGCCUUCGUAGAUGCUAAGGAGAAGAAGGAGAAAGAUGCCAGGGCACUGAUGAAUCUCCACAAUAACCGAUGCGGCAGGAUGGCUGUAAAGCGGUUCAUGAAGCUAGAGUGCAAAUGCCACGGAGUGAGUGGUUCGUGUACACUGAGGACUUGUUGGUUAGCAAUGUCGGACUUUAGAAAAACCGGAGAUUACCUGAGGAAAAAAUAUAACCUGGCAAUCCAGGUGACGAUGAACCAGGAUGGAACUGGUUUCACAGUCGCCAACAGGCACUCGGGCAGGCUGAUCAAAAACGAGCUGGUGUACUUCGAAAACUCGCCUGAUUACUGCAUCAUGGAUAAGUCAGCAGGGUCCUUGGGCACAGCCGGGAGAGUUUGCAACAAGUUCUCCAGGGGCAUGGAUGGGUGUGAAGUGAUGUGCUGCGGCCGGGGCUAUGACACGACGCGGGUUGCACGCGUCACCAAGUGCGAGUGCAAGUUCCACUGGUGCUGUGCCGUCAAGUGCAAGGAAUGCCAGGAGACAGUCGACUUCCACACCUGCAAAGCACCGAAACGUGCAGAGUGGCUGGAUCAGACUUGAUUACAAUGAGCAGCGCUGUCUUAAUAUGGGAUAUGCGUGAAGCGCGUGGCAUUUUGGGAGUUGUAGUUUAGCUGCAUGGCUUUUCAUUUUAGUUAAUACUCUGCAAAGCACUAAGGUGGACUACACCUCCCAGGGGACCAUUUUGAACCAUUGGACAUGUUCAGUAAAUUACCGCAUAUUCCUUUUCAAUGGGGGAAUAGCAAUCUAAGCAUAAAUCCUGAACAUUACAAUUUGCAAUGUUUUAUUUUAAAUGGAACCGUGCAAUUGCCCAUUGAAAAGAGACAUUAUAAAAUGAAGGACGUGGCUCCUAUAGCUGUCAAGUAAUGAGGAUCUCCCCGUAGCAUCAGCCACAUGCAACUAGUAUCUCCAGCCUGGUAUUUCUUAUUUUUUUAUUGGUAUGUCAAUGCCUUAUUAAUAAGUGGAAAAGCUGCUGACUGCUCCUUGCGAUCAUUCGGAGGGAUGUGAAGCUGCAUACUGUACCAGAAAACAAGGGCUUGCACUUUCUAAAGGCAAUUGUGUAACUGCAUUAACUAGACAACCUGCACUAUGGACAUUAGCUAUGAAAGGAUAGCAGAGUGUGUGUGUGUGUGUGUGAGAGAGAGAGAGCGAGAGAGAGCGAGAGUGUGAAGGAAAGAAACCUAUUGGGAUAUGACUAUCUGUUGAUUUGAACAUAUCAGGAGCUACAGCCUUCAAACUGUAAAGGGAUGUCUGUAACGACAUUGGGAGUAAGGUUAAGCUCUGGUUUGCUGCUGCUGAUUUCAAUAGUGCAACUCGCCUGUACUUUUUUAUGGUCUAAUUUUUUUUAAUAUUGUAAUAAUUCUUACACUGCUACCAGUAUGUUAAUAUUUGCCAGACUCCAAGUGCUAUUCCUGCAGUCUAGGUUGAUGCAAACAGUUGCAUUACACACUGUACUGUAGUUUUAAGACAUCCCACGUAAGUAUCUUGUUUGUAAUUUCACAGAGAAACUUUUUUUUCUAAUUAAAGUGAGAAAAAAAAAAACGGGAUGGACUCCAUGCCCUGAAUAUUUAAAGCUCUGCCUCCUGAUAGAGAUCACUCAAGAAAGUAAUCUUAGACUGAGAGCCCACCGCCUGAGUGACAUUACGAAGCACAUUUUCACAGAAGGGCUAUUGAGAAUCGGGAACGUCUAGCCCCAAUGGUGCGGUUUGGCUGGAGUGAAGGAUCUGUACAGACACACGACCCCUUGAGCUGAGCACGAAGCAUCCUGAAACUGUAAAAGACCCAUGAUGCUAUUUAUGAUCCAAUGCAUAACAUUUCAAUCUAAAGAUAUAGUGGCAAAUCUAAGUUAUCGUAAAGAGCCCAGCAAGUACCAUUAACUUGCAUCAAGAUCUAUUUGCUGUUGUUUGUUUGUUUCUUGCAUUUCUGUGUAAACUUGGAGUUUGGUGCUUUUCUUCGUUGCUCUGUUAUAUAUUGGCUUAUAGAUACUGUAUAAAGAGGGAACUGCUCAUAUACUGAAUUCUGUAUUUGGGUACCACUGUUCAAGGGGAAAUGAUUUAUCUGAAGGAUUACAAAUUAGAAGGGUCUCGACCCGAAACGUCACCCAUUCCUUCUAUCCAGAGAUGCUGCCUGUCCCGCUGAGUUACUCCAGCAUCUUGUGUCUCUCUUCAACAUAAACCCGCAUCUCUCAGUCCUUCCUACACAGGGUGACACUCAUCUUUAGUGGUGUUGGGUGAGUGCCCCAGUUACGGCUCUCCAUGCUCCUUAGUUUUAACAGAAUGUAAUCCCAGUGUUUGUGCCAUUAACACAUUCAGAGGACAUCGCCACUGAGGUAAUACGAUAUUUUGGUUUAUAACUUCAAUGCACAAACUCUGUAUCCUCGUACAUUAUUUCAUAAUAGCAAAUCAAGGAGGCUUCCAUCCCAUUAGUGGAGGCUAGAGCUCAAUGAUAGUGCCAAUGUGAAAUUACCAUGUCCAAGUACAAUGCAGAAUCAAUGAACUGAGCAGUUCCACCUCCAUACAGUAUCUGAAGCUGGUGUAUUGAUUUAAACCCCACACACUCCACCCUAAACAUCACCCAUUCCUUCUCUCCAGAGAUGCUGCUUGUCCCGCUGAGUUACUCCAGCAUUUUGUGUCUAUCUACAGAAUGACAAUGGUGUUUGCUGACACGAGACACGCUUUAGUCAUCCCGUCCGAUAAUAACUAGACGAAACACUGUCAAUAUGCUACAUGAAAAUGCUAGUGGGUUACUGGAGACAGUGACCAUAAGGUGACAAGUAAAUGACUGGGUACAUUUGUCAGGAAGGGUUGGGUAAGUGGAUGAAGCUUGUCUCUGGAAGAGAGAGAACUUAGAGAGGCCCUGACAGGGAUCAUUAAAAUAACAGGCUUUGUUUCAAUGGAUAAGGAGAAAACUGGUCCAGCAGAAAUUAUUUCAGUGAUCAUUGACAAAUGAAGGCAAUUCAUGUAGAGAUGAUUGAAGUGGAGAUGAACGACACUGUGGCGGGGAAACCUGAUGUAGACAGGAGGGAAUAAUGAAGGGAAAGACAGGAUGUGAAGUCGGAACUAGAAUGGGAAGCAACUCAUGGAGUAUAAACACUGGUAGAGAACACUUGGACAAAAUGUCCUGUUCUGUCUAUAAUAUAAACAAAAUUCUGGAAACAAUCUGCAUAUCAAGUAGAAUCUGUGAAGACAUAAGAAAGUCAACAUUUUAGGUCAAUGAUCAUUCAUUAGAUUGGAAAGCUCGAGAUUUAAUAGUUUUAAUUAAACGCAGAGCCCGGGAUGUCAGGAUGAGAAAAAAGGGAAGAACAAAAGGAAAGAUCUGUGAUAAAGUGCAGGGCAUGACUGAUGAAGUGAUAAAUAGAUAAUGGUUUAUUUGUGACUGUAUCCCACACGGGUUUAAAGUGUGGCCUGGACUGCAGACGCAGCAAUAGCUGGUUGUGUUGCUGGAGCCAGUUAGAGAUGAAGACGCCCGUGAGCCUUCUCAUGCACGACGGUGGGAUUGAUUGCCUGUUGGUGAUGGGGUCACGGUGCAUUGUUUCAGACCACCCAGUGUAUAUUACACCUUCCAUUCUGUGCUGCCCCAGGGGAAAAUUCCAACGUCCACUAGCCUCUGAGAGAUGAAGGGGAUUGUGGUGGAUGAAAGGCUGUCUUCCUCACAGUCAGUAGUUCCCAACCUCAAACAGCUCUCCUGUCUCCCCUCAUAUCCUCCUAACACCACUACUAAUCACCCCACCUCCACUGCCCCGAACCCAAAUCCACAAUCCCUGGCUUAGCUACAGGGUUGUCCUUCACUUAUAGAAACAUAGAAAGUAGGUGCAGGAGUAGGCCAUUCAGCCCUGCGAGCCAGCACCGCCAUCGAAUAUGAUCACGGCUGAUCAAUUAUAUCUUUUUUGAGUUUGGCUGUUGACACUGUGUUCUUAGUAAAAGUAUCGCUAUCAGAUAUUGGGCUUUCUAAGCUUUGGCCUUGAAAACCUAAUGUGACUAAAUUCCCCAUAGUCACUGAAGGAACCAUGAGAGAGGAUAAUUUACCAACUAUAAUGAUCUACAGGUUUAGGUCUCUAAAGGUUAAUUACGAGAUUGGAAUCUUUUUAAUUUCCUUAUUUGUUUCAUCAUAAUUUCCUAAGCUUUGAAUUGCUAUUUCCACUGGCCACAGUACACACGUUCCUCUUUGCCAGGUUAUAGGUUUAUUGGGAUAUUGUGGUGAUGUGGACAUCACUGGUGGAGGCACGAACAUGUUGCCCGUCAAAGGUGCCGCCUUGAGAGGUGGUGGUAGGCAAUGCCAUCACAAAGGGCAGUUAGGGGUCAGGGGCACUAUUGAGGAACUGGAGCCACAUAUAGUGUGUGGAGCUACAGGUUAAGAAAUCAGCAAGGCAUUUAAGAUUUCAAACGCAUUUCUGUAACGUCUGAGGAUUUGAAUUAGAACCAAAAAAUUCUGGAACCACUCAGGAGGUCAUUCAGUGAUCUGUGGAAAGAGAAGCAGAUAAUGUCUCUGGCACAAAAAAAAUCACCAGGACUGUGUUUUCUGUGUUUUCUGUUUUCAUUUCAGAUUUGCAACAUCUUCAUUAUUUUUAUUUUCAUUUAAGGAUUUGAAUUCAUGUUAUCUGGAUUAGUCCACAUUUGAUUGAUGAUGUUACAUCAUAACAACACAGGCAUGUAGAGUUCUGCCAAUGACUUAAUUCUUUGACAUACCUAAUUCAUUUUGAAUAUUUCUGUAGGGGGAAAACAAAAGUCCCAAUUAAGUACAGAAUUAUAGUAAAGAAAGUAGACAAAAAUGUUUUUGAGCUUACUCGUUUUCCAAUUUGUAAUUAUAUCUGAUAAAAAGCUAUGUUUUUUUC